GAGGAAGAAAAAGAAGAAAAUAUUUAACCUCAAUUCAUAAUAACAUAACCUAUUGAAUAAAACUGUUCUCGUUUCGAUUGAAUGAAGUAAAUUAUCCAUCAUGGGUAAAAAGAAGCCAGGUCGUUCAGUUAAGAAAAAUAUAAAUAACAAAAAUAUAGAGUCCGAUGAGCUUGUUCAGGCUCCACAUUCAUUCGUUAUUCAUAAAGGUUUACCAGGAGGAAGCACUCUUGAAUUAAUGAAGGACUUUAGAAAAGUUAUGGAACCAUUCACAGCUUCUUCGCUCAAGGCAAGAAAGAAGAAUACGAUAAAAGACUUCGUAUCCGUAGCAGGUCCAUUACAUGUCUCUCACUUAUCGAUAUUUUCUAGAACAGAAGUGGGAAUGUACUUGAAAAUAAUGCGGCUACCGAGAGGCCCAACUCUAACAUUCAAAAUACAGAAUUUUACUUUAUCCAGAGACGUAAUUUCUUCUCUUAAAAAACAAAGAGUUGUUGACGAAGCUUUCAAACAUUCUCCGUUGAUUAUAUUGAACAGUUUCAGUGGAGAAGGAAUGCAGUUGAAACUCAUGACGUCAAUGUUUCAAAAUAUGUUUCCUGCACUAAAUCCAACAACAAUUGAUUUGAAUACUGCUAAAAGAUGUGUUUUAAUGAACUAUAAUCCAACCACCAAGUUGAUAGACUUCAGACACUACAAUAUCAAAAUUGUACCUGUGGGUAUAUCGAAAGGGGUCAAGAAAGUAGUUCAAGGAAAAGUUCCAAAUUUGUCAAGGUGUAAUGACAUCACUGAAUUUUUUUCCAAAUCCGGCAUGUUGUCUGAAAGUGAGGCAGAAGAUGAUCCUCAAAAUCAUGUAACUCUCACCCAGAAAAUUGCUUCUCGAGGAAAUGUUGAAAUGGGUAAAUCAUCAAUAAGAUUGAGUGAACUGGGUCCUCGACUUACUUUACAGCUAAUAAAAAUUGAAGAUGGACUGUUGGAUGGAGAAGUACUGUAUCAUGAUUUGAUCUAUAAAACCGAAGAAGAAAAAGAGCAAAUCCAAAAACGCAGGGAAAUCAAACGAAAAUUGAAGGAGAAAAGAAAACAAAUACAAGAUGCUAACAAAAAAGCCAAGGACCAGGCCAAGCAAGAACAAAAAGAGAAGUCUCUUAAGGGCAUGCAAAAAGUUGGUUUGGAAACUAAUUUGCAAAUGAGGAAGGCUGACAAAGAAUCUAAACAGGACGCCCCUGUUACAGAAGACGACGACACAGAAUAUUACAAACAGGAAGUAGGGGAAGAACCGGAUAAAGAUCUGUUCACGCCGAGGACUGGUGUCAAGAGAAAGUUUGAAGGUCCACAUUAUAAGAGUAAAAAACCCAAAACUGGAGAAAGAGACAAUGAAAACUAUACCAAAAGGAAGCCUUUCAUUAAAAAAUCUUUCAAUAGGAGUAAAAAUAAUGAUGACAAAAAUUUCGAUAGGAACAAUAAAUUCAAUAAAAAAAAUAAAUUCAAAGGCAAAGACAAAACAAAUUCCGAAAAGAGAGAUCUACGACCCAUUGGUGGGAAACCCAUGAAACAUAAGUCGAACAUGAAAGGAAAAGGAAGAAGUAAAAGAUGAGCUAUCAUAAUAAAUGUCUUACUCAUAAAAAUUGUUUUUAUUCAA